AUGGCUGUGUUGAAUCCUAACAACUGGCACUGGAUAGACAAGAACACUUUGCCUUGGUCUAAGGAGUACUUCAACCAGAAGUUUGAUGAGCUCUGUGUGGCUGUUCCCGAAGAAAAGGUUGUCAAAGUGAGCUCCGUUGUGGUUAAAGGUGACUCUAACGUUAGUCAACGUAAGGGUAAGCCAAUUUGCUACUACGACCUGCAUUUGACCAUGGAUGUCCUCCUGGAUGAGGACAACGUCGGCUCAGUGGAGAUUCCAGAGUUCAUGCAUGACGACAUGGACUUUGAGAUCAAGAUGAACUGCUCUGAUGCUGAAAUCAGGGACCAAUUGAAUAAGGUGUUCAUCCCAAAGUUGAUGGAGCUAAUGGGUCAAUACCAGAAAGAUCUGCUAGAAGAACACUCAAGGGAUUUGCAAAUGUCGAACUAA